GGAGUAAAUUCGCUCAAUAAAUGCGGACCGCCUCGUGCAAGCCUAUGGCAAGCUGCCCACCGAAUCGUCGAGCCUGGGUCCGUUGAAUUCGCCGCAGAAUUCCCGCUGGCGUGACCCACGCCUCGCCGACAAAAGCAGACAGCGACCUUCCGUGAUCAUUUUGGCUUAAGCCUCAAGGACCUUCAGCGCGUUGUGCCCUCACCCGCCUCCUAUUGUAGAAGCAGGCCGCCCGCGUCAUGGCGCUCCGCGCUGCCUCUGUGCUGUUCCUGCUGGGGUCCGCGCAGGCCGCUGUGACGCACACCAGGUUCGUGUGCGGCCAGCAGACGCAGAUCUUCACCUCGACUUCUGCGGACGCCGCGGGUACAGCCGAGUUCUCGGAGAUCACCACGGAGGACGGCAAGUGCAACAUGAUCCAGAACGCCAAUGUUGCCUCUGUCAAGUUCUGCGGACCAGGCAAGCUGACGCUUUCGCGAAUGACCUGCAGCGAGCACCACGACUACAAGGCGCAGAUCGUCGAGCACAGCGCGAGCGACUACACCACCCAGUGCGAGGUCAUCAGCACGGCGGGCACCGUCGUCGACGGCUGGCUCGGCAGCUUCACGCUGAGCUGCUGAGCCCGGGCCGCGCGGCGCACCUCUGGCAUGGUCGCCUCCACAGGACGGCGUCGUUGAUGUCUCCGGAAUCACACCGUGAUCUCAAUUGAAAAAAACACCACAGACAGCGACUUUGGGAGCACGCGCUGCUUCUGCGGCGCGCCGAGGGGGGGAGCGAGGAGGGGGGCAGGCCUGCUCAGAAGGCGG